UAUGUUUUUGAUGACCAACAAAAGAAAGUGGAUGAAUGAGGUGUGAAUUAAGGUGUGGCAUGUAUUAAGGUGUGACUUAACCGUUAAAGAUUAUAGAGCCCACUUAAGCUUCAAAGUGUACAGAUGUUAGGACAGCCCACCUGAACCUAGGAGGUCAGGUAUAAAUAGUGACAGCCCUCCAGUCCUUAAUCAGCAGCACAAGGAGCAGUAACAGAGCAUUGAGCUCGACCUACUCACAUCUCAGAAUUACAUUCUACAAGUGAACAACAUUUCGUUAUCAGAUAUGUGGUCAGACUGCAUAGGUGAGAAUUUUUUUUCCUUCAGCAAUUUUACAGUGAUUUUCUAAUCUUAAUGUUUUUGCUAGCAUGUCUUUAUCUGGAUUAAUUAUGUUUAUGAACAUAAGUAUAACUAUAUCUUUUCACUCUUACAGCUCAAGAUGGAAACUCACAGGCCAGUAAAAUUGCAGGCCGCAGGAAGAGAACCAGCUUCACCAAAGAGCACUUGGAACUUCUACGAAUGGCUUUCAGUGUUGAUCCUUACCCCGGCAUAAGUGUCAGGGAAAGUCUGUCCCAAGCCACUGGUCUUCCAGAAUCACGUAUUCAGGUGUGGUUUCAAAACAAGAGGGCCAGAACUUUAAAGAACAGAGCCGCUAGAACCUCACCCCAGCUCGACAGCACAUCUCCUCUCCCGAGCCCUUUUCUACCCCCUUACAUGUCAAGCAUGGGUGGCAACGGACAGCAGAGAUGCAUUCAAGAAGGAGCCUUCAACAUUCCUCAUCCUCAGAUGCCUCAGACAUCUCCACAGCACUUUAUCUUUCCACCAGUGGACUACAGCACACCAGCUAUUAAGCCACGGCAAAGCAGACUGAUGGGGACCAGCUCUCCAUCUUUUCCUAUUGAUCCGCAAGCUAUGGCAGACAGCUGGAGCUCUGGGGAUAGCACACAGUCCACUCCUGAGUCUACAUGGAGUCCAGCAGCGCAGAGUUUUGGACAGUCUUACAAUGAUGAAAGUCACAUGUUUCUCUACCCACCACCUCCUUACCCACAUGGAAGUGCCAGAGUUGAGUGUGUUAGCGGUCUGGAGUCACUCCCAACUUCCCCUGCCUCUUCUGAUUCUGCGUUUUGGGACAUGGGUCUGGAAAUCAGCUCUCCAAAUUUGCCAUACUCCGAGUGUGAUAGCCCAUGGGACAGGCUUGUUGAGGAGCAGCAGCCUGUGGCUCCACUUCCAGAUCUGGGUCCUCAGUGUCUGGAGGAUGUCCUUGGUGAAAUGCAGCCAGCCUGGUGGAACUUCAAUGGACAGAUGGAUCUGCAGUAAUCUUUCAAAUAUCCAGUACCUAGGACACUAUUAGGGACAUUGUUUUUAAUAUGGGGGAUUCUUAUGAGAAAUCAAGGAUGGUUCCUCUGGACUUUAUUUAUUAGGAAUUAUCUGAAAAGCAUGAUAUUGUGGAAAUGCAGGUUCGAUCCACAUUGUGUAUUUAUUUAUUUAUUUUACUACUUAAUUUUACUUUAAUUUAUUUCUACUAAGUAGUAGAUUGGAAAUGGAACCCCUUUGCUUGACCAGUUUAAUUUUGGUCUUAUUUAUUUUUAUGCUCUUUAAAGGUAUUACAGUGCAGUUGGUAUAUUUAUUUUUUGCAUAUUUUUACGAAGGCUACUGACCUAUA